AUGGACUUGGAUAAACCAUCUGUCUGGGGUUCGCUGAAACAGAAAACUAGACCCUUCUUGCAAAACCUGAGUGUGAAGAAGACAAAGAAGAGGUCUAGCAAAAUGGUGGAGAGGAAGGUGCACUCCUUGGACCGACGCCUCAGCGUGUCGGUGCCUGACAUGCUGGAGGUGGAAACUCUUACGGAAGAGGAAACGACUUAUUCAAGUACUCAGGUGUUGUCAAACUGCUCCCCCAAAAGCUUCUCCAGGUCCCUGAAGAGCAGAUGUGCUUCAGUGAGGCUGGCAAGAGAGGACUGGCCGUGGGCAGCAGAGCAGCAGGGGGUGUGCACAGAGGGGACAGCCACCCACCCGGACGUGCAGGUCACAGGCAGCUCCGCGUCUGAGGGGAAGAGGAAAUCCAGUGAUGACCUCUUUGAGCUGCUGCAGAGAGCCCGCCUGAGCACCACGCUGACCGAGGAGGGGACAGAGUAUCCAUGUGGGGGAAUGGAUCUAGACUCUUCCAUAUCAUCUCAAAUUUUUGAUGAUCAACUGGCUCUAGAGGAAGCAAAUGAUUGCCUGAGUGACCUGCCCAGUCCCUUUGCCUACCUGCUGACCAUCCACCUGAAGGAAGGACGGAACCUGGUUAUCAGAGAUCGCUGUGGUACAAGUGAUCCAUAUGUGAAAUUCCAACUAAACGGGAAAACCCUUUACAAAAGUAAGGUGGUCUACAAGAACCUUAACCCAAUUUGGGAUGAGACUGUUGUGCUGCCUGUACAGACCCUCGAUCAAAAACUCUGGAUCAAGGUGUACGACCGAGAUUUAACCUCUUCAGACUUCAUGGGUUCGGCAUUUGUAGCACUCACUGAACUUGAACUCAAUAGAACUACUGAACAGGUUUUAAAACUGGAAGAUCCUAACAGUUUAGAAGAUGACAUGGGAGUGAUUGUAUUAAACUUGAGUCUAGCAGUCAAACAAGGAGACUUCAAGAGAAAUAGAUGGUCAAGUAGGAAGAGACGAACUUCAUCCAAGUCGAGCUUCAUGCGGAGCGUGCGACUCUCCGACUCUUUGCGCAAGAACCAGUUGUGGAAUGGGCUGGUCACCAUCACGCUCUUGGAGGGGAAGAACAUCUCCAGAGGGGCCUUGACAGAGAUUUUUAUUCUCCUCAAACUGGGAGAUCAAAGAUACAAGAGUAAGACACUGUGUAAGAGUGCAAAUCCUCAGUGGAGGGAACAGUUUGAUUUUCACUACUUCUCUGACAGGAAGGAUAUGUUGGACAUAGAGGUCUGGAGAAAGGAUAACAAAAAGCAUGAGGAGCUUUUGGGAACGUGCCAAGUUGACAUCACUGCCCUGCCAACAAAGCAGACCAAUUGCUUAGAGCUGUCUCUGGAAAAACAUCCAGGGUCCCUGCUGAUGUUGAUUGCUGUUGCCCCGUGUACAGGAGUGUCUAUCUCUGACCUGUGUGUCUGCCCUCUGGCAGACCCCAGUGAAAGGCACCAGAUUGCACAGCGUUACUGUAUAAAGAAUUCCUUUCGGGACAUAAAGGAUGUUGGUUUCUUACAAGUCAAAGUUUUAAAGGCAGUGGAUCUGUUGGCAGCAGAUUUUUCAGGUAAAAGUGAUCCUUGCUGUGUAUUAGAGCUGGGAAACGACAGUCUUCAAACACACACUGUUUACAAGAACCUCAAUCCAGAGUGGAACAAAGUUUUCACAUUCCCUAUUAAAGAUAUUCAUGACGUUCUGGAAGUGACAGUGUUUGAUGAAGAUGGAGAUAAACCCCCUGAUUUCCUUGGAAAAGUUGCCAUCCCUUUGCUAUCUAUUAGAAAUGGUAAACAAAGUUGUUACACACUGAAGAAUAAAGACUUGGAACAUGCUUCAAAAGGAGUAAUUUACUUGGAGCUGGAUGUCCUAUUUAAUCCUGUAAAAGCAAGUAUUAGAACAUUCAAGCCCCGGGAAAAGCGCUUUACUGAGGAGAACCGCAAAUUUUCUAAAAAGAUCUUAUCAAGAAAUGUUGAUCGUGUGAAAAAAAUCUCCAUGGCAAUAUGGAAUACAAUACAAUUCCUUCGGAGCUGCUUUCUCUGGGAGUCCACAGUAAAGAGCAUGAUAGCCUUUGUGGUAUUUGUGGUCACUGUCUGGAGCGUGGAGCUGUACAUGGUGCCCCUGGCUCUGCUGGUGCUCUUUGCAUACAACUUCUCCCUCGUCGCAACAGGGAAGUUCAACAACACCCAAGAUGCCCAGGAGCUUAUGGGCUUGGAUGAAGAUGAGGAUGAAGAUGAUAAGGAAUCUGAGAAAAAGGGGUUAAUUGACAGAAUCCACAUGGUCCAAGAGAUCAUCAUAGCUGUUCAAAGCAUCCUAGAAGAAAUAGCAUCAUUUGGAGAGAGGAUAAAAAACACAUUCAACUGGACGGUGCCUUUCCUCUCUGUCUUGGCCUGCUUGGUUCUGGCAGUAGCAACAGUAGUUUUGUAUUUUAUACCACUGAGGUACAUUGUUUUAAUCUGGGGCAUAAAUAAAUUUACUAAGAGGCUUAGAAAUCCCUAUGCCAUCGACAAUAAUGAACUACUAGAUUUCCUCUCCAGGGUACCAUCUGAUGUUCAAAAGGUGCAGCAGGCAGAAUUGAAACCAUCCAGCAGCUCCAGCCCCAUCAGGAGGAAGCGGAGUGUGCUGUAG